AAUACAGUAAUGAAAAGCAACAACAAAGAAUCACUGUGUCAUUAAAGGAAUAAAGGGGUUAAGGGAAUAGGUGUGACUACUACUCUGCUGGUUAUCUGGAGUCAGACAAGUUGAGUUUCGUUUCUUCCUUCCUGUGUCAGCCAUGGCGUCUGCUGAUCUGAGAGACGAGCUGCUCUGCUCCAUCUGUUUAUCUGUAUUUAAGGAUCCUGUAAUGCUGAGAUGUGGACACAACUUCUGCCGGGUCUGUAUUGAUCGUGUGCUGGAUACACAGGACCAGUCUGGACUUUAUUCCUGUCCUGAAUGUAGAGAAGAGUUUCAGGAGCGGCCGACACUGAUGAGGAACUUAUAUCUCCAUAAUGUAGCAGAACGUUUCCUGGUUACUCAUCCAGAACAAGAGGAGAUCUCCGGGAUCUUCUGCACUUACUGUGUGGACUCUCCUGUCCCUGCUGUGAAGUCCUGUCUGCACUGUGAGGCUUCUCUGUGUGAUAAACAUCUGAGAACUCACAACAAGUCACCAGAACACGUCUUAUCUGAGCCCGGAACUUCUCUGGAGAAGAGGAAAUGUUCUGUCCAUAAAGAAUUAUUAAAGUAUUUCUGCGCUGAGGACGCUGCUUGUAUCUGUGUGUCCUGCAGUUUGUUUGGAGAACAUCGGGGACACCAGGUGGAGAUGAUGGAUGAGGCCUCUGAGAAGAAGAAGAAGAAACUGAGAAAUGUUCUCCAGAAACUGAUCACAAAGAGAGAGGAGACUGAGGAAAGAGUCCGGAGUCUGGAGGAACGCAGGAGAAAAGCUCAAGAGAAAUCAUCUGGAGAAGCGGAGAGAGUCACUGCCCUGUUUAUAGACAUGAGGAGACGGCUGGACGACCUGGAGAAGAAGGUCCUGAGUGAGAUCUCCAGGCAGGAGAAGGAAGAGUCACUGUCACUGUCUGCUCUGAUCCAUCAGCUGGAAAUAAAGAAGGACGAGCUGUCCACGAAGAUGAGACACAUUGAGGAGCUGUGUAACAUGGCGGAUCCACUGACUGUCUUACAGGAACCAGACACAGGUGACUUGUGUGAUCCUGAGGAGGGGGGAGGGGAUGAGGACACAGGGGGACAUGAUAAACAGCUCCGUGAUGUAGAUGAUCUGGAUGUGACUGAGAUCUCGGACACAUUCCGCACAUUAUGUGACGUAAUAUCAGGUAUAAGGAUCUAUGGGGAGGGUCCUGCAGACAUAUUACUGGAUGUAAACACGGCUCAGAACAAUCUCCUUAUAUCAGACGACCUGAAAACUGCAACCGGGACAGAAGAGAAGCAGAAGCGUCCAGAAACAGCAGAGAGAUUCCAGAAUUAUCCUCAGGUGAUGAGCAGCCGGAGAUUCUCCUCAGGACGACAUUACUGGGAUGCGGAGAUUGGUAGAUCUGGGAGAUGGAGGGUGGGGAUGUGUUAUCCCAGUAUAGACAGGAGGGGAGAUCAGUCAUGUAUUGGAUAUAAUAACAAGUCCUGGGGUUUGAGGAGGUGCAAUAAUACGUAUUUAGUGAUACAUGACAGGAAAGAGAUCCAGUUACCUCACAAUAUCCCCAGUAAUAGAUUCAGGAUCUGUCUGGAUUAUGAGGCCGGGCGGCUGUCCUUUUAUGAGCUGUGUGACCCCAUCAGACACUUACACACCUUCACCACCACCUUCACCGAGCCCCUUCAUGCUGUGUUUGGUGUUUAUCAGGUAACUGGUGGAUGCUAUGUAGAUAGCUGGUUGAGGAUUAGAAGUUAAAUGAAAUUUAUCAUUAGAAAAAGUUUUUAUGUUAAACUUAUUUUAAAAGUGUUGUCCAGGAUUGAAAUUUUUUUUUUUCAUUUAACUCUAAUCCCUAAAGUUAGAGAACAUUGUCAUUUACUCACAUUAACCAUCUUGAAUGCAAAGAUGGCUUCUGCUUCACAUUCGGUCAAACUGGAAGUCAAAAAGUUCUUUGAGUAGUGAGUGUCGACUCUGGUUGGUUAUUCUUGUAGCAGCGGCCAUCUUGUGGUCAACGUGUCACACUCGCAGCAGUGUUCGAUAGUUUUGCCGCCCAUCCUGUGCACAGAUUCUCCCCAGCCCAUGUAAUGAAUAGGAAUAUUCAUCCUGCUGGCAUCUGCUCAGCAGUGAUUGACUGAGCAGCCUUUACUCCUCUUCAUCUCUUUUAACCAAUCACGGCCACUUCUCCAGCCUCUGCGACUACACUACUGGGACUUCUGUUUACCAACAAGCACUGCUCACACAUGUGCAGUGGCCACCUAUUCUUAAGGGAGACGCACGCAUGGUCAGUGUCAUUUUUCUUUUAUUAUAGUGGCGCCGGACAGUUUGUUUAUGAGGAGCGUCUGCCCAUUGUAAGAUUUGAUCAAAAUAAUUUGGAUAGGGUCAUGUAAAUGUAAAUUAUUCCAUACUUAUGUUUUAAAAGCUGUUGCACGUAGAAUAAAAUA